CAUUUGAUUCUCAACCGAUUGAGACGCGUUCGCUCCCCAAGAGGAAAUCGGCGGCGCGACGUGCAAAUUGGAAAGCUGCCUUAUAUACCCGAAUUCUAACCGCACGCACACAAUAUUUAUUGUCGCUUAAUUUAUUUAUAUUAAUUUGUAUGCAAUCAAAUAAUCAAACAGACAAGAAAUAUUUCCACAAAGUGUAUCGCGAACGAAAGAAUAUUCAAACUCAUAGCAGGAAUGUUUGUUUGAAUGUUUUGUGGCCUGCAAAUUAUUUUAUGAUCGCUGAUAUCAAGAGUUUGCCAAAGUUCCAGUUGAUAAAGAAUGUUCCACUAGCGAGGAGCCACUGCAGCAAUGGUUAACCUACCGGCCAUACGAGCCGGACGUCCCACUGCGCCCAGUCCGCAGAUGUCCCACUCCCAUUCGAAUGAGAUUGAAAGUGAUUCUGCCAAGAGGAUGAGAGCAGUCACACCUCCUGCUGCACCAGCAGCAGCAGCACCACCACCACCAGGCAGCGAUGUCAUUGGCGAUGUGGUGGGGGACUUUGGCAUCUGGCAGCUGAGAACGAUCCUCAUCAUAUUUCUGUGCAAGAUUCCUGCCGCCUGGUUCAUGGCCUGCAUCAUAUUCACCGGCCCCGAGCUGUAUCCCGGCUCGGAGUUCACCUGCGACACCAGCUACCUGGAGGGCAGCAGCAGCAGCAGCUCCAACUACACCAUCUCGGAUAAUCAGUGCUAUGUGCUGGAUGAGGCCACAGGCAGUAGAAGUGAAUGCGAGCGGUUCUCGUACGUGUCCAGCUUCGACUCCCUGAUCAUGCAGUUCAAUCUGGUUUGCCUGAGAGACAUCUUCGUGGCAUGGACACAGUACUGGCAUCUGUUUGGUGUGCUCGUGGGCGGUGUCCUGGGCACAAAGAUGAUGCUGGGCAUAAGUCCGAGGAGCACCUACUGCGUGGGCGCUGUGGCACAGAUUGUGUGCGGCGUCGUCACUGGAUAUGCCAGGGAUUUCAGUCUGCACUGCGCCUUUCGGUGUCUCUCGGCUGUCUGCUGUGCCGUCAUGUUCACCGCUGGCCAGGCUAUAUUUGCGGAUAUCACUGCGGGAAUGCAUCGCAUUGGUGCCAUCAUCCUGUACGACACCUUCUGGUCUGUGGGUGUGAUUCUGUUGCCCGGCCUUUCCUCGUUCUUCAAUAGUUGGUCCCUGAUCUAUGUGGGCAUCACCUUUCCCACCAUCAUGCUAAUCGUCCUGCUCUACUGGACUCCCGAUUCUCCCCGCUGGCUGCUCCGACAUGCCGUCGAUCGUUUCUCCAUCGACAAUGUGGAACAGAUCGUGCGUGAGGGUGCCGCGAUCAACGAUCGCACCUUCAAAAUACCACCCGACUUUCGGCAGCAGUUGGAGCAUCUCAGCGAGCGACUCAAGGCCCAACCGCCGCCGGCUCCCUGGAAGGAGCUGUGGGUGGGAAGGCGGGCCAGGACCCACAUGAUUGCCGCUCAUCUGGCGCUGGCUUUCUUUGUGAUCAACUUUAUGGGUAUGCUGCUGAAUAUACGAUCCUUUGGCAGGGACUAUCUCGUUCCGAAUACCAUUGCAAUGGGAUUCUCUGAGAUCAUUGGCUGCUUCCUGGCCUUACAUUUCACACUCAAACACAACAAAUGGAAGUGGCAAUGUGCCGGACUGUUCAAUAUACUUGCCGGAAUCCUGGGCUGCCUUGGCUGGAUCUUUACCAAUGCCGAUCAGAUGGAUGCUGAUCUCAAGGUCAGCUUGUGGAUGAUCAUUGCCACCAUACCCAAGGCGGCUGUCUCCUGUGCCCAGUCCAUGAUACUUGCCUGCAUGAACGAGCUGAUGCCGGCCAAUAAAAAACAGCUCUAUGUCUUCUCUGUCGUCACCUGGGCGCGCGUGUGGCUGCUGUCGGCUCCGUUCUUCAAUGUGCUCAGGAAAAUCGAUACGGCCAUGUCGCUGACCUCGUACUGUGUGUUCAGCAUUCUGGGUGGCAUCUGCACCAGUCUGCUCUUAACGCCCAGGACUAGUGUGGCUCCUGUUGUGCCGCCACAGGCAGUGGAGCAGUGCGACAAGAAGGAGCAAUCGCCGCUGAAUGCACCAGUGUGGACCAUUGAGUCGGAUGUCAAUAAUACACGAUUGUAGACUGUAAAUUCUAGAUUGUGGAUUUGGAUAUGCUUUUUUGAUUGCCAGCUUCUGUUUGGCAUAUAGCUGGCUGUAUUAUUCAGCAAAUGAAACAACAUUCUUCUGUGAUUAGGUUAAGUGAAUUGUUAUUCAGUUAUUACAAACAUAAACUCGUACUCAUUUCCUUAUUAAUUUGACUAAAAUAUGACGUAGAUAAGCAACAUGUAAAAACACAAAUGAAGAAAUAUCCAGACCCAGUA